AUGGGGGUGAGGCGGUUAGUGCGGGUGAUCGGAGUGAGGCGGUUAGUGCAGGUGAUCGGAGUGAGGUGGUUAGUGCGGGUGAUGAGAGUGAGGUGGUUAGUGCGGGUGAUCGGAGUGAGGAGGUUAGUGCGGGUAAUCGGAGUGAGGCGGUUAGUGCGGGUGAUGGGAGUGAGGCGGUUAGUGCGGGUGAUCGUAGUGAGGCGGUUAGUGCGGGUGAUGGGAGUGAGGCGGUUAGUGCAAGUGAUCGGAGUGAAGUGGUUAGUGCGGGUGAUCGGAGUGAGGCGGUUAGUGCAGGUGAUCGGAGUGAGGCGGUUAGUGCGGGUGAUCGGAGUGAAGUGGUUAGUGCGGGUGAUCGAAGUGAAGUGGUUAGUGCGGGUGAUCGGAGUGAGGCGGUUAGUGCAGGUGAUCGGAGUGAGGCGGUUAGUGCGGGUGAUCGGAGUGAGGUGGUUAGUGCGGGUGAUGGGAGUGAGGAGGUUAGUGCAGGUGAUCGGAGUGAGGCGGUUAGUGCAGGUGAUCGGAGUGAGGCGGUUAGUGCGGGUGAUCAGAGUGAGGAGGUUAGUGCAGGUGAUCGGAGUGAGGUGGUUAGUGCGGGUGAUCGGAGUGAGGCGGUUAGUGCGGGUGAUCGGAGUGAGGCGGUUAGUGCGGGUGAUCAGAGUGAGGAGGUUAGUGCAGGUGAUCGGAGUGAGGCGGUUAGUGCGGGUGAUCAGAGUGAGGAGGUUAGUGCAGGUGAUCGGAGUGAGGUGGUUAGCGCGGAUGAUCGGAGUGAGGCGGUUAGUGCGGGUGAUCGGAGUGAGGCGGUUAGUGCGGGUGAUGAGAGUGAGGUGGUUAGUGCGGGUGAUCGGAGUGAGGAGGUUAGUGCGGGUGAUGGGGGUGAGGCGGUUAGUGCGGGUGAUCGGAGUGAGGCGGUUAGUGCGGGUGAUCGGAGUGAGGCGGUUAGUGCGGGUGAUCGGAGUGAGGCGGUUAGUGCGGGUGAUCGGAGUGAGGCGGUUAGUGCAGGUGAUCGGAGUGAGGCGGUUAGUGCGGGUGAUCGGAGUGAGGAGGUUAGUUCGGGUGAUGGGGGUGAGGCGGUUAGUGCGGGUGAUGGGGGUGAGGCGGUUAGUGCGGGUGAUCGGAGUGAGGCGGUUAGUGCGGGUGAUCGGAGUGAGGCGGUUAGUGCGGGUGAUGGGAGUGAGGCGGUUAGUGCGGGUGAUGGGAGUGAGGAGGUUAGUGCGGGUGAUGGGAGUGAGGAGGUUAGUGCGGGUGAUCGGAGUGAGGAGGUUAGUGCGGGUGAUCGGAGUGAGGUGGUUAGUGCGGGUGAUCGGAGUGAGGCGGUUAGUGCGGGUGAGGAGGUUAGUGCGGGUGAUCAGAGUGAGGUGGUUAGUGCGGGUGAUCGGAGUGAGGAGGUUAGUGCGGGUGAUCGGAGUGAGGUGGUUAGUGCGGGUGAUCGGAGUGAGGCGGUUAGUGCGGGUGAUCAGAGUGAGGAGGUUAGUGCAGGUGAUCGGAGUGAGGUGGUUAGUGCGGGUGAUCGGAGUGAGGCGGUUAGUGCGGGUGAUCGGAGUGAGGCGGUUAGUGCGGGUGAUCAGAGUGAGGAGGUUAGUGCAGGUGAUCGGAGUGAGGUGGUUAGUGCGGGUGAUCGGAGUGAGGAGGUUAGUGCAGGUGAUCGGAGUGAGGCGGUUAGUGCGGGUGAUCGGAGUGAGGCGGUUAGUGCGGGUGAUCGGAGUGAGGCGGUUAGUGCGGGUGAUCAGAGUGAGGAGGUUAGUGCAGGUGAUCGGAGUGAGGUGGUUAGCGCGGAUGAUCGGAGUGAGGCGGUUAGUGCGGGUGAUCGGAGUGAGGCGGUUAGUGCGGGUGAUCGGAGUGAGGCGGUUAGUGCGGGUGAUUGGAGUGAGGCGGUUAGUGCGGGUGAUGGGAGUGAGGCGGUUAGUGCGGGUGAUGGGAGUGAGGAGGUUAGUGCGGGUGAUGGGAGUGAGGAGGUUAGUGCGGGUGAUCGGAGUGAGGAGGUUAGUGCGGGUGAUCGGAGUGAGGUGGUUAGUGCGGGUGAUCGGAGUGAGGCGGUUAGUGCGGGUGAGGAGGUUAGUGCGGGUGAUCAGAGUGAGGUGGUUAGUGCGGGUGAUCGGAGUGAGGAGGUUAGUGCGGGUGAUCGGAGUGAGGUGGUUAGUGCGGGUGAUCGGAGUGAGGCGGUUAGUGCGGGUGAUCGGAGUGAGGAGGUUAGUGCGGGUGAUCGGAGUGAGGUGGUUAGUGCGGGUGAUCGGAGUGAGGCGGUUAGUGCGGGUGAUCAGAGUCAGGAGGUUAGUGCAGGUGAUAGGAGUGAGGUGGUUAGUGCGGGUGAUCGGAGUGAGGCGGUUAGUGCGGGUGAUCGGAGUGAGGCGGUUAGUGCGGGUGAUCGGAGUGAGGCGGUUAGUGCAGGUGAUCGGAGUGAGGUGGAUAGUGCGGGUGAUCGGAGUGAGGAGGUUAGUUCGGGUGAUGGGGGUGAGGUGGUUAGUGCGGGUGAUGGGGGUGAGGCGGUUAGUGCGGGUGAUCGGAGUGAGGCGGUUAGUGCGGGUGAUCGGAGUGAGGCGGUUAGUGCGGGUGAUCGGAGUGAGGCGGUUAGUGCGGGUGAUCGGAGUGAGGCGGUUAGUGCAGGUGAUCGGAGUGAGGCGGUUAGUGCGGGUGAUCGAAGUGAGGAUGUUAGUUCGGGUGAUGGGGGUGAGGCGGUUAGUGCGGGUGAUGGGGGUGAGGCGGUUAGUGCGGGUGAUCGGAGUGAGGCGGUUAGUGCGGGUGAUCGGAGUGAGGCGGUUAGUGCGGGUGAUGGGAGUGAGGCGGUUAGUGCGGGUGAUGGGAGUGAGGAGGUUAGUGCGGGUGAUGGGAGUGAGGAGGUUAGUGCGGGUGAUCGGAGUGAGGAGGUUAGUGCGGGUGAUCGGAGUGAGGUGGUUAGUGCGGGUGAUCGGAGUGAGGCGGUUAGUGCGGGUGAUCAGAGUGAGGAGGUUAGUGCGGGUGAUCAGAGUGAGGUGGUUAGUGCGGGUGAUACGGAGUGAGGAGGUUAGUGCGGGUGAUCGGAGUGAGGUGGUUAGUGCGGUGCGGGUGAUCGGAGUGAGGCGGUUAGUGCGGGUGAUCGGAGUGAGGCGGUUAGUGCGGGUGAUCGGAGUGAGGCGGUUAGUGCGGGUGAUCGGAGUGAGGCGGUUAGUGCAGGUGAUCGGAGUGAGGUGGAUAGUGCGGGUGAUCGGAGUGAGGUGGAUAGUGCGGGUGAUGGGAGUGAGGAGGUUAGUGCGGGUGAUCGGAGUUAGGUGGUUAGUGCGGGUGAUCGGAGUGAGGUGGUUAGUGCGGGUGAUCAGAGUGAGGAGGUUAGUGCAGGUGAUCGGAGUGAGGUGGUUAGUGCGGGUGAUCGGAGUGAGGCGGUUAGUGCGGGUGAUCGGAGUGAGGCGGUUAGUGCGGGUGAUCGGAGUGAGGCGGUUAGUGCGGGUGAUCGGAGUGAGGCGGUUAGUGCGGGUGAUCAGAGUGAGGAGGUUAGUGCAGGUGAUCGGAGUGAGGUGGUUAGUGCGGGUGAUCGGAGUGAGGAGGUUAGUGCAGGUGAUCGGAGUGAGGCGGUUAGUGCGGGUGAUCGGAGUGAGGCGGUUAGUGCGGGUGAUCGGAGUGAGGCGGUUAGUGCGGGUGAUCAGAGUGAGGAGGUUAGUGCAGGUGAUCGGAGUGAGGUGGUUAGCGCGGAUGAUCGGAGUGAGGCGGUUAGUGCGGGUGAUCGGAGUGAGGCGGUUAGUGCGGGUGAUCGGAGUGAGGCGGUUAGUGCGGGUGAUCGGAGUGAGGCGGUUAGUGCGGGUGAUGGGAGUGAGGCGGUUAGUGCGGGUGAUGGGAGUGAGGAGGUUAGUGCGGUGCGGGUGA